AUGUUUAGUUGUAUCAAGAAUAAUAAUAUUCUCUUCUCAUCAGUCAAUAUUCCAAAAAGAUAUCUAAGAUGUAUGUAUUUUUCUUCUUUUAGUAGAAGAAUGUAUUCAAGUACCCCUGAACAAACUAAAUAUAUCAGCAAGAGAACAUUGACUAUCAUUGGAUUAACCACAAUCACUGGAUAUGGCAUCUACUGCUAUUUUUACCUACAUAACAACUAUCCUAGAUCAGUAAGUAAACCAUUGAGAAAUGCACUUUGGCAAGAAAGAAAAUUUAAGGAUUUUGAGACAAGCAUAAGAUUUUAUAUGGAUGCUUUGGAAGAAUGUAAAAGAUUAGAAAUGAAUAAGCUUAGUAAUGAAUAUACAGGUGUUGAGAUUAAAAUGGCCGAGAUGUAUGAAAAAUUGAAUAAUUUGUCUGAAGCUAAUGAAAUAUAUUUGAUAAUUUUGAAUAGAAUAUAUAACACAUUGAGUACAGAUAGUAAUGCUGGACAACAUAAUGACAACACAAUUGAACAAUCUAUAAGGGAAAAUUUGAUAAAAAAGGAUUUGAGUAUUUUAAAUAAAAUUAUCUCCAAUCAAAAUUUGCAGAACAUCAAAUCCAACGCUAUAUAUAAUCAACAGCUUGAUGUUAUUGAAACUCAUUUGAAGUUAGCAGAAAACGAGGUUUAUAGAAAAAAUCCUGACCUACAAAAAAUAAUGCAAAAUGACAGUGAUCCAUCCUUACUUGUUAAAGGUAAUAUAUCUUCGAAUAAGAGCAAUGAAAGUGAAAGAGAUUUACAAAUAUCCAUUAAUCAAAGCAGACUAAAACAGUUUAGUCAUGUAUUGUCAACGUUCAAGGAAGAAUAUUUUGUGAUUAGAGAUUUAUAUACAGAGACUUUUCUGAAGAAAGGAAAUAUAAAUCAAGCAGUAGAAUCUAAACUAGUUACUAUUGGAUGGAUGAUAUUAACCAAUAUGUCACAAGGGCAAAUCUUAUUAUCACAAGCCAAUUUAGGAUCAUUGCUUUACAUGAAAGCUGAAAACAUUGAAGCUCAUAUUCUUCAUGUGAAAGAAAAAUGUCCAGAAAAACCCCAAUUAAUAAGUGAAAUGGAACAAAACAGAUUAUUUACCAUUAAUAUGGCCACCAGGUAUUACGAAAAUGUAAUUUAUAACGCAAAAUCAGGUAAGGAUACAAAUUCAAUUCAAUCGAUGGAUGGAACUAUUUCACAGGCUAUCUGUCUAUCUAUAUAUGGAUUAGGUAUUAUCAAUUUACAUGAAAAUAGAAUACCAAAGGCAAAAAGAUUGUUGGAAGAAUCGAUAAAUUUAUCUAAGAGUAUUGGAUUUGAUGAAUUAUAUCAAGAAUCAAUGCUAGAGUAUACAAAAUUGAAAAAACUAUUGGAAGUGUGA